UUUCACUGCCUCUGUUAGCAAGUUUAACAUACUCUUGCUUUCUUAUGCAGCUAGGGAGAAAUUCACUGGAUUUCUUAAGGUUUCUUGUACACUGCAUUCAGUUACAUCAUCAGUCAGAUUAGCUGGCAGUGCGUCACAUCGCUUCAUUGUGUAUUGGGCAAGUAAAGGUAGGUGCUGUCACAGAUCUACAAGCUUGACAAUGCAUCUCUGUCAGCCUUUCAAAGCUCUGGUUCUGGCCAUGGCGUUGAUGAUGGCAUCAGGUGUGGAUAUAAAUAAACAUGAAGAGAACAUGAAUUCAUGCCCUGUCAUUCAAUGUUGUGCUCCUGGAACCAAUGGUUUACCAGGCAGAGAUGGAAGAGAUGGGAAAGAGGGUCCCAAAGGAGAAAAAGGAGACCAAGGAGCAGGACUGAGGGGUUUGCAGGGUUUCCCUGGAAAGGCAGGACCUCAGGGAACAAAAGGAGAUCAAGGACCACGAGGCGAAAAAGGAGAAUGUGCAAGUGAGAAGUCGACUCUCUCUGACUCAGGUUCUCCAGGGCCCCAGGGCAAGCCAGGUCUUCCUGGAAGAGAUGGGCUUCCUGGGAUGAAAGGACCCCAGGGUGAAAAAGGCAACAAGGGGGAGAGAGGGGAGCCUGGACCACAAGGCCUGUCUGCUUCUGUCGAUCUUGAAUUGCAAGAAAGCCUUCAGGUUUUAAAACAUCGAAUUACCAAACUGGAAGGAGUCCUUACUUUGGAAGGAAAAAUAACAGAAGUGGGGGGAAAAAUUCUCGCAACCAAUGGGAAAGAAGUCAAUUUUGAAACCACAUUAAAAGCAUGUGAACAUGCUGGUGGCUCCAUCGCCACCCCCAAGAACCAGGAGGAAAACAAUGCUAUUUUGGAUAUUGUGAAACAGUUUAACAGAUAUGCUUAUCUGGGUAUAAGGGAGAGUGAUGUUCCAGGUGAAUUCCAGUAUCUGGAUGGGAAACCUCUGACUUAUAUCAACUGGUACGCUUCUGAGCCAAAUGGCAAAGGAGGGGAAAACUGUGUGGAGAUGUACACUGAUGGAGGCUGGAAUGACAGAAAAUGCGACCAGAACCGCCUCACUAUCUGUGAAUUUUAAAGCAUUUCCUUUCAGUUAUUUCAUAGUGCAGAGUCCAAUAUUCUGUGUCUCAGACAUAAACAGCAGCCUUUUCUCUCAGCAAUAUAGCUAAUGUCUUCUGUGAUUAUUUUAUCUGAGAGAAACAAAAUCAUGAUGUAAUAUUUUCCUUCCUCAUGCUUACUAAGGAAAUAGUAACUACCGAAGGUGAUUGAUUUGUAACUAGAACUAUGCCUAAUUUGAGAGGGGGUUAAUUAUAGUAACCAAACUCUGCCUUGUCUCACUGUGGCUGAUUAAGCUCCAGGAAAGGAUUUCAGGGUUUGGCUUAGUGUGUUUGAGGAGUCCCAUGCUAAGUUAACUUUGUACAUUCCAUUGUAGUUACAUGCCUGGAUAAUGCAGCAUAUACUAUGCAACAACAUAGAGGAACAGGUCUCUAUCCUGGAAGGAAAUGCACACAGAUAUACUUCAGUGAAGAAAUACAUGGUGGAUCCACUUAUAUGUAGGGCUUUGGAGCUGUGCUCCGGCUCUGCUCCAGCUCCAGGCAAAAACCUGCAGCUCCACUGCUCCGGAACUACUCCAUGUUCCAUCUCCAGGCUCCAUUCCAAAACCCUGCUUAUAUGCAUCUCUUUGCAGAACUGAGGCCAUACUGUGUACUAUGAAACCCUGCAAUAAAAUUCAACUCAGUUAUUAUAAAGGGAGACCACAACCAAAACCCUGGAAAUCAUAGAUCAUUUAGCUAUACUGCAAGGUGCUUAUUUUGUUUUUGUGUGUCAAAUACCAUGUUCCCCAUAGCACUAUAGAAAUAGUCAUUUACAGUAUUUUACAGUUCUAUCAAGACUCUUCUACAUCAUACUAACCAUUAGACAAACAAUAUCGUACUGAUGUGUAAACUGAAUAGAUUUUACACA